AUGGGCCCCUGUACCGCCUCCUCAUGCUGCUGCCAGGCCCCUAAUCUGCCAUGGGCCCCUGUACCGCCUCCUCAUGCUGCUGCCAGGCCCCUAAUCUGCCCAUGGGCCCCUAUACCGCCUCCUCAUGCUGCUGCCAGGUCCAGAGUCUCUCAUGGGUCCCUGUACGGCCUCCCAUUGCUGCUGUCUCCAUCGCCACACUCUGCCAUGUGCCACUUUCAGGUCUCCUCACACUGCUGGUGUGUUCCAUUUUUUGUCAUAGGGUGCUGGCAGAUUACGGGCCUCCCAUAGCUGCUGCUGCCAGGCCCCUAAUCUGCCAUGGGCCCCUAUACCGCCUCCUCAUGCUGCUGCCAGGUGCAGAGUCUCUCAUGGGUCCCUGUACGGCCUCCCAUUGCUGCUGUCUCCAUCGCCACACUCUGCCAUGUGCCACUUUCAGGUCUCCUCACACACUGCUGGUGUGUUACAUUUUUUGUCAUAGGGUGCUG